CUGCGCUGGUGCGGACACACAGGUUUUGCGAACUCGGCUAGAAAUCGAUAUUACGUUGCCGGAUAUAAAAAUAUUGAAUGAAAAUACAUAGUUGAUUUUUUUCUUUGGGAAGAUUUGUGCUGUUUUUUUUUUUUUGUUUUGGGAAAAUUUACGACCACCGUCGACUAAUCAAUUGAUUUCGGUUUUGUAAACGAGGCUGAAAAUAAUAAAAACCAGGACACUAUUGGACAAAUAAUGGAUACCAACGCAAUUUAUAAAGAAGUUGUUGUUAUCGGCAAUGGUCCAAGCGGUAUAAUCGUAUCACUGAUGCUGAGCGGUAAAUUGCCAUACUUCAUCACCAGCGAACAUCCGGACGAAAUGCUUAAUGCCCGUUUGAAAAGUCUCACAUCGCCCUGUCUCAUUUCGCAAAACUUGGAAUUUUUGGCUCAAGGAUUGGAGGGAAGGUGCAACAAUCCCAUAUCUUUACUUAUGGACGCUCUUUUACAUCCCUAUGCCGAUCUCGGAAUCGAUCUGGAACCUUUGAUCGAGUUUAGACAAACAGGAAAAGAGAUUGAUCAUGUGGUUCUUGGCCGAGGUCCUCCCGGUGGUUCCUGGCACCGAAUCGAUCCAGACGUUCUCACUUUAUCCCUAGGCAGCUGGAUGGCGUUGCCAGGCUUACCAUUUCCAUCGUGCACCACCAACGAAAAACGGGCAUAUUCACGUGACGUAGCCACCUACUAUGAAAACUACGUAAGGCACAUGGGACUGGACAAAUACUUUAUAAACGAUACUCUUGCCACAUCUGUGAUAAGUUGCUCAGAUAGGACAGUUUCUGAGGAAUUGUUGUUGAAGAAAAAGAAUUGGAUUAAAAGGUUUGAUAGGAACGUGGUGGACAGAGUAAAAGACUAUUUCGAACCAGUAAACGAGGAUGGAAAUAAUAACUGUUUUAUAAGUAACGCUCUGAAUUGUUUGCUUUCGAGCAGUUCAAAACGAACAAGGCUUAGUAAAAGGCCAAAAACUGCCCACGACAACAUAGCGAAAAAGCUAAAUCAGAACAAAUCCGAACCAAUCUUCGUACCCAAACACGAACGAAAGAGAUCAAUUUCUUGUUGUUGCUGUUGUGGUGACACGGAAAACUACAAAAACCCAAAAACCUUUCCCCAUUCUCAAAGUCUCGACGCUUCUUCCACUAAACCUGUGCCUUUCUACAAUAAAAUUAACUGUGAUUCUAACGACAAAACUCCUAACUGGAUAAUACAAACCACCAACGCUGAGUCUGGCGAAACAACAAAAUACAGUUGCAAAUAUUUAGUUUUAGCUUGUGGCACCUACGAUUCACCUAAUCGGUUGGAGAUUUUCAAAUCCGGCCCAGAUCCGGACUGGUUGGUGCACGAUUUGAGGAGCCUAGAGUCAAAGUUGGACAACAAGGCGAUUGAAGACGGUUCGAUAAUUGAUCCAGUAUUGAUUGUAGGAGCAGGACUUAGCGCUGCCGAUGCUAUAAUGGCUGUUAGGUCUAGGAAUGUGCCUGUGAUUCAUGUGUUUAGGAGGAAGUCGGCUGAAUUUACUAGGCAGUUGCCUGAGAAUAUGUAUCCAGAAUAUCAUAAGGUACGACAAAUGAUGAACGACGGAGGUUCCACCUACCCCUUAUACAAAGCAUACUCAGAACACUCGCUUACCGGCUUCGAUGCCAAAUCACAAACAAUAAAACUAACAUCAUCCUCAGGAGAAGACGUCAAAGUUAAAGUAUCAUUCGCAGCAGUGCUAAUCGGUUCGCGGCCGAGUCUAUCUUUCCUGCCCAACAAUAUGAACUUGGGAAUUUUCCCUGAUAGAGAUAUCGACUCGAAAACCAAUCCCGUUGACGUUAACCCUAUUACACACGAAGUGAUGGGACAUGAAGGGCUAUUUGCUGUCGGCCCUUUGGCGGGCGAUAAUUUUGUUAGGUAUAUUCCUGGAGGCGCUGUCGCAGCUGUAGCCGAACUGUACAAAAAGUGGAAUUUAAUCGACGCUCAACAAUAGUUGUCUUAUUAACAAAUAUUAGUAAAAGGGAACAAAGUUUAACAGUAUCAAAUUUUUUUGCAAAUGAUUCAGUUACUUCUAAUUUUUUGUUAAAUAAGUAAUUUAUUAGCAAAAAGAGUUUGUUAAUUUUGACUCCUAGCAUUUGAUAUUUUAAUGUAGUUCUGUAAGUUUGCUUAUUGGCAGUGUUUUUUUCAGUUUUGACUUAGGUACUUUUACUUUAUAUCAUGGUUGGCUGGUGUUUCAAAGACGUGCCAGUACUUGCAACUUGCGGAACUGGAUGUGUGACCUUAAAAUAGCUAAAACACUGUGAUUGAUUUAACUUAAAUUGUAUACGUAAUUUCUGUAAAUAUGUUAUUGAUACUCAAUAUUUCUUUAUUAGAAUUAUUAUUUGUACACUUUAUAUUAUCAAAGUUCCAUUUGAUUUAAGUAGAAUUGAGGUGAUACAACUAAAUUUCAUGCAUUGUAGCUACCAUAGGUGUGCCAAUAAUAAUUAUUGUACUUGGACAUAAAAAGAAAAUGUUUUUAAAGGUUUAGUUUUCUUAUUAUGUCCCCAUGUUAACUAAAUUGCAUGUUAUCUUGGUUUAAAAAGCAUUUAUUCUUCAAUUAUUGCAUAAAAGAGGUGAGAGCAAUUUAUAUUUGGUGCUAUUUGAAAGGUUUUUCUGUAAUUUUAAUACAUUUUAAACAAUUAUAAUGAUUUAGAUAUUAUGUAAACCUACUUAAAAUAAAUGCCUUAUUACAUAUUAUAUUUUAAUGAAAUUGAGAGUAAAAUACAUGAUCUCAAAAUACAAUCACAAUGUACAAAAUUGAGAGAUUUUUGAUAUUGCCUGAAAACAUCACUUUACAACAGACUAAGUAAAAUUAUUUAUUCUUCAAUAUUUCCACUACUCAUUAAAGUUUGCAAAGUUUCAAGAAUAAAGAAUUUAUUUGUUGUAGUGUUUUUGUUUGCAAAUAAAAAUGAUUGUUGUAUUGAAUAGACGAAACUGUUUUCAUUUUGAGAGAAUUUAUUUUUAUAGAUAUUAGUUUAUACUAUUUUAUAAUAUUUUACCUACUAUCAUUGUUGUUACGUUUGGUGAAAUAAAUGCCAGCACAGAA